GGGAUUUUGACGUGACGACGAACAUGGAACAGAUUCGCGUGCGCGUCGUCCGCGCCGAAGGCGUGAUCGGGACCGACGGAUUCGGAUCGAACAAGACGUCCGACCCAUAUGUGGUGCUGUCGUACUUGGACCACACAGGCUCUGAAAUCAAGAGCGAAUCGCGCAAAUCCAAACACAUUGAGAAGAAUCUCAACCCAGAAUGGAACUUUGAAUCUGUGAUCGGGAACGACGUCGACUUACGUGUCGUCGACGCACUGGCAAUCACCGUCUUUGACAAGGGAGUGUUCAACAACGACCCUCUCGGCCGUGUAGUCGUGCCGAUGACGAACAUCCGUGUCGUGACCACGGGGCAGCCGUUCCAACUAAACCUGCCAUUGGAAAAGUUCGCCAAGAUGAAGACUGUCUCGGGAACGGUGCUCGUUGAAUUCGAAGCGGCUGGCGCACCUUCCUCUUCAAGCUCGGCGUCGGCUGCCCCUGCAGGCUCUGUCGGCAUCGACAUGCCUCAAGACGCGCCGACUGGGCCGCCCAAUGUCUUGUUGGUGACGGUCGACAGUGCGAAAGGCCUUAAGGCGAUGGACAAGGGCGUAUCCAGUGACCCAAUUAUCCACGUCGUGUGCAACAAGACCAAAUUCACAACGACCAAGAAGGAGAAAGUCCUCGCUGCCAUGUGGAACGAAAGUUUCCGCAUCCCUGUCACGGACGCGUCGCAGGACGUCGAAUUCAUCAUGGAAGAUGUCGACACGUUUGCAAACGACUUCAUGGGCCAAGUCAAAGUCCCGCUUUCGUCCUUGGUAGAUGGCCAAGCGCAAACCCUGACCUUGGACUUGCUCAACAAGAAGUACGACAAGGAGGACCUGGGGACGAUCACGGUCAAACUGCAGUGGAUCUUUCAUUCAAACGUGGAUGAUGUCGUUGCGUCGAACAAGAAGAAGAGCGGCAACUUCUUUGACAAAAUGGCCAAGAACAUGGGUGUUGGCAUUCCUGACGCUGGGGACGACGACGAAGAUGCAGUAGACGUUGAAGCUGCCGACACCGUUCCGAAAAAGUCGGAUGAAGAACUCAAGAAGGAAAAGGAGGCGCGUGAAAAGGCCAUGGCGGAAGAAAAAGCGGCCCUCGAAAGCAUCAACAUCCGCUCUGGGGACUACACGGUGCAGGUCCACGUCAUCGAAGCACGCGACUUGGUCGCCAAGGAUGCCACCGGCACGUCAGACCCUGUUGUGUACGUCGAAGUGCUUGACCAAAAGCAAAACACAGCCACCAAGCACCAAACUCUCAGCGCGGUCUGGGACGACGUGUUGAUCUUCAACUUCCGUAACUUGGACAAGGAACAAAUGGAAAUGGGCGCGCUCAAGUUGUCCGUGAUGGACGCCAACACGUUCGAGCGUGCUGAGCUCAUCGGUGAAACCACUUUCGACACAUCGUUUGUGUACUCCAAUUUGAACCACCAAAUUUGCAACAAGUGGGUGGGGUUGAUCGCUCCAGGAAGCGACAAAAUUCAAGGGUACUUGCGCGUGUCAAUUACGAUUUUGGGACCGGAUGACAAGUUUAUUCCGCCCCCACCGAUCGGUCCAAAUGAAUCUGGCCUCGACGGCGUGCUGAUGCCUCCCAGUGUUCAGCAACAAGUCAAGUUUCUCGUAGUGAAGAUCCACAAUGGCGAGCACCUUCCUGCCAUGGACCAGAACUUGGGCAAGCAAGGCAUUGAUGCGUAUGUCGAGUGCUCAUUGGGCGGUAGUGGCGGCAAUGCCUCUAUUCGCACACGGGUCAAAACCAAGAAGGGCGAACGCCAUUUGCUCAACCCUGCUUUCAACGACGACUUGUACCUCGUUCUGCGAGAGCCCAGUAUGGCCAACAAAAUUACGUUUAAGGUUAUGGAUUGGGAUCGCGUUGGUAGUGAUGAAGUUGUGGCCCAUGCCUACCAAAGCAUUGGUUUGAUUCGCAGCAUGGGCGGUGAACUUGGACCGAUGUGGAUCAACUUGUACGGCGCGCCAUUGCAACACGCCAAGGAAAACAUGCUCAACAAAGGCGACAGCGUCAAGACACUCAUGAACACGUACCCUGAUCAAGCAACGACGUAUCGCGGCCGCAUCCUCGUUUCGUUUUCAAUCCAAGAAAACGUCAAGGAGCUGGAAGAGAUUAACCAACGUGUCAAGUCACGCCCGCUGCCGAAGGAACUGUACCCCAGCACGAGCAUCUUCAAAUUUCGCGCGUUCCUCGGCACUGGAUCUGACAUUCCCCAAAUCCCGUCCAUGAACCCGCUCAAGAACUCGCGCAUGCAAAUUAUUAUCACGUGCGGCCUCUUCGAACUCGCGUUUGAACGUCAGCAAAACAACAAGGGGUUGGUCGUGUGGAACCAGUUGAUUGAAAGCGGCCCCGUCGCGUUCCCAGUACCAGUCGACGGCGACUACUCGCAGAUCCCAGACGUGUUUGUGUACUUGUGCAAGGGCGGCGACGCCAACGAUAAGAUGAACCCGCGCAAGCAGAUUGCGUUCAACCGGUACAGUGCCAAAGAGUUGAUCGAGAAGAACAUGGCGAUUGAGCCCCAUUGGGUGACCCUCAAGGAAGACACAUGCGUCGAUGCAUUGGGCGAUGAAUCCUUCCCUGGGAACAUCUUUUUCAACCUAGGUCUAGCCCCCAUCGAUGUUGCCGAUCGCACCAAGGCUGCGUGGACAUCGUACUACGAUAAAGAAACGUUGCAGAAGCGCCACAAGUAUCAAGUCCACGUGAACAUUUACCAAGCGCGCCAACUGCCUGCUUUGGACGACAACGGUUUGAGUGACCCGUACGCGAAAGUUCGCUUCAUGGGCGAAGAGAAGAAGCUCAAGGAGAAGAAGAAGACAAUUAACCCAACGUGGUACGAGACGCUCACGUUCGAUUGCGACUUGCCGCCUCCGGAAUUCAUCCACUUUUCGCCCCAGGUUGUCGUGCGCCUCAUGGAUUGGGACAACGGCAUUGGUGACAGCGGACAUGACUACAUGGGGUCUGCCUUUGUCUCGAUCACGUCCGCGGAUGUCCGUGAAGUGAACGACCCCCGCCCUUUGCCGGAACCAAAGUGGUGCGGCAUCAUGCAACAAGAGGAGGGUGACACGGAAGGUGCGGUCUUGGCAUCCGUCGUCGUGGUCAAGAUGGACCAGCCGGACAUGGAACUCCCGCCCCCUCCUUCGAUCGUUCCCGCCGUCCGCAAGGCGUACGUCGAAAUCAUCGUGCUCGGGUUGCGCGACAUGCGUCCGUACCAGUUUUUGCCGAUUCAGUUGCCGUUUAUCGAGUUUACGUUGGGUGGUCGUGAACACGCCAGCCAGGAAAUGAAGACGGAAAAGUCCAAGCGUCCGACGGGUGAAAACCCCAACUUUUUGCAACGCAUUGUGCGCGAAGUCGAGUUGCCGGAAGACUCGUUGUUUGCCCCCAUGCUCAACAUUAUGGUCAAAGACACCCGUCUGGGUGGGUGGAAUACCCCGACGAUCGGGAACGCUUCGAUUGAUAUGACGACGAAGUUGCCGUGGGGCAAGGGCUACAUUCCUCCUCAAAGCUUGGACCUUGACUCCAUUCAAGACAAAGUCGCGGAAGACGACGGUGACGACGAAACGCAAGGUUUGUUGAACAGUCAAAAGGGAUCGAAGGAAGACAUUGGCGCCGGUGUGUUUGGCGCGCUGACGUCCAUGAACGUUGAAAUUAACUUGGACGACCCGGCGUUGCUCACGGGGAGUGCUGCAAACAACGCAAGCCCCGAUGAGCCCGAGGAUGAAAGCGCCGCAGACGAAUAUGAAAUUAAGCGCCGAAAGUACAUGAAGAAUCGUGAUGAGUACAGCGAACCGUUGGAGCUGGCCGUGCUCAAGACUCGUCCUUUCGAAACGUACAAGCUGACCAUCGGCCAAAAGAAGAAGAAGGCAUCGUUCAACUUGUUCAAGAUGGGCUCAAAGAAGACGCCUGCGGCAGAAGAGAGCGGCACGUUCCACAUUGCGGGUAUUUUCAAGGGCUUGGUCCGGGUGAUGAUGAGCCCGGACGAAGCUCCGCUCAUCAACCUCGACAAGCUCCUUACUCCCAUGCCAUACCAAGUGCGUAUCUACGUCUUGAACGGUGAAAAUUUCAUGCCGAUGGACCCUGGUCUUGGUGGUGCCCCUGGCAAGUCGGACCCGUACUUGGUGCUGCGCCUCGGCAAAGACAAGAUCAACGAUCGCAAGAACUAUAUCGACGACGUUGUUGAUCCCGAUUUCUACAAGAUGUUUGAGUUUAACACCCACUUUCCCGGCGCAUCGACUCUCUUUAUCGACGCAUAUGACCACGACUUGAUUGGCGGGGACGACUUGAUUGGGUCGACCACCAUCGACUUGGAAGAUCGUUUCUUCGACAAGAACUGGCAACUUCUCGGCGAGGAAUUCCAUACGGUGAACCCAGUGUGCCGAUGGGGUCCCAAGCCCGUGGAACAGCGCCCGUUGCACAUUAAGACAUCGAAGGCGCAAAUGGGACAACUCAAGCUGUGGAUCGAUAUUCUGUCACCCAAGGACGCGGCGACCUAUGAGCCGGUGGACAUUGCCCUCCCGCCUCCUCAAGAGUACGAGCUUCGUGUCGUGAUUUGGAAGACCAAGGAAGUACCAGCUUUUGACGAAUUGACCGACAUGAACGACUUGUUUGUUCGCUGUCAGUUGGAAGGCGGUGAUUACCAGGACACGGACAUUCAUUGGCGCGCCAAGAAGGGCAAAGCGAGCUUCAACUGGCGCAUGAAGUUCCCCGUCACGCUUGGCCACAAGCAGCACAACUCCAAGUUUCCCUAUUUCAAGAUGCAGUUGUGGGACAAGGACAUUUUUUCCUCCAACGAUUGCAUUGCGGAAGGUCUGUUGGAUUUGGCCCCUCAUUUCAAGGAAGUGUGCAAGUUGAAAGCGCCUUUGCAAUUCUUCAAGGACAAGAACCCGAAGAAGGUUAAGGAAACCCCGAAGGAAGCCGACAACAACGACGCGAUUCGGUCCAUCAAGGAGUCAACGGGGCUCUGGGACACCAACCCGUCCGACUCGACAUGGAUCAAGAUGGAACGGCUCAACCGCGACACGAACGUGAAGGAGCCCAUGGGUGCCAUUUGCGUCACGAUGGAGCUCGUGCCCAAGGAAAAGGCCAAGACGACUCCUGUUGGCACGGGCCGAAGCGACCCAAACAACAGCCCGUUCUGCCCGCCUCCCGCAGGUCGCCUCAAGUUUUCGAUGAACCCGUUCUACGUAUUCAACGAGCUGCUUGGACCCAAGAUCUGCCGUCGCGUCAUGUGCUGCUUGUGCUGCCUCUUGCUUGUGUUGUUCAUGUACUUCUUCGGCCCCAUCAUCAACUUGCUCAUCGUCAUGUUCAAGUAAAGUAUCGUCCAAGUACCGCCCACGCGUGCCCAUACAUGACGCAGACUAACUCGUGAAUACACUGAAGAUGCAUUUCUCCGUCGA